AUCACAGUGUUCUUGAGAGUGUGAAAACCAUAGUGCUGGUUUCAUCUCGGUCAUUUGUAGAGCUGUCGCUGCUCAGGAGUGUUGGUGAAACUGGUGUUGCUAUGAUGAUGUCAGUCAGAAUGGCUCCUCCUCUUCCUCUGAUCUUUCUGCUCAUGUUUCACAGUGUAUCUAGUGCUGGUUUGUCUGUGAGAUACAGUUCUUCACACAUCUGUGCUCUAAAACACUCUUUGGUGAUAAUGAGAUGCACUUAUACAUACCCUCCUGGAAUCAGAUCAGAGAAAGUGUUCUGGACCAAAAACCUGGUAAAGGAUGUAGAGCCUCCAGAUCUGUCUAAGGACCUUGAAUACAGACAGAGGUUUCAGUAUCUGGGAGAUAAACAGAAGAACUGCACCAUGAGACUGAGUCAUGUGACACAGAAAGAUGAACACAAGUACUAUUUCAGAUUCAUCACUGAUAAGGAUAAAUGGAUUGGUCAUCCAGGAGUGACUCUUACUGUGACAGAUCUUCAGGUGGAGUCUCCUGAGAGAGUGACAGAGGGAGAUUCAGUCCGUCUGACAUGUAAAAGCAGCUGCGCUCUGACUGACAGAGCAACAUUCAUCUGGUACAGAAACUCACAGCCAUUAACUGAGAGAAGAGACAGAAACAAUAUACUCCUGCUGCAGUCAGUCAGAAGAGAGGAUGCAGGCAGAUAUAGCUGUGCUCUACAGGAACACACUUACAUCUCUCCUGAGGUUCAUCUCAAUGUCAUGUACCCACCCAGGAACGUCUCAGUGUUCAUGAAUGGAUCUGGUGAAAUAGUGGAGGGAGAUUCAGUGACUCUGAUCUGCAGCAGUGAUUCAAACCCACCUGCUCUGAACUUCUUCUGGUUUAAGGAGAAUCAAAGCUCAUCUGUUGGAUCUGGACAGAGUUUCAGUGCACUACAGAGUGGACGCUUCUACUGUGAGGCUCACAAUCAACACGGAUCUCAGAGAUCAGACGCUGUUUCUGUCACUGUUAAAGGACGUCUGGUGAUACUCUACAUAUCUAUCGGAGCGGUUUGCGGAGCUGCAGUUAUCAUUGUGAUGAUGCUGAUUUGGAGCAGAAUAGUAAAUAGAAAUGACACACAGGAGUCUCAGAUGAAUCAUCCCAUGAGUCGUCAAGACAUACAUAAAGCAUGUGAUGUUCAGAUGGAUGAACCUGUUUACGAGAACGUAAGGCUGGAUAAGAAGAGACCAUACUCUCACCAAAGGCUGAAAGACGAAGAGCACUAUCGCCGCUGCCACCUCCACGAGGAAGAUGAUGAGCACGAUGCUGAAGAACUAGGAAAAAAAAUUAUUGUAUUGCUGAAGUUUGUCAGAAUGGCUGCUGCUAUUUUGAUCUACCUGCUCAUGAUUCACGGUGUAUCUAGUGUUGGUUGGUCUGUGAGAUACAAUCCUUCACACAUCUGUGCUCUAAAGAACUCAUCAGUGAUAAUGAACUGCACUUAUACAUACCCUCCUGGACAUCACAUCAAGAAAGUGUUCUGGAUCAAAACACUUGUUAAAGAAUCAAGUGAAGAGAAAUAUGAGGGGCAUCCAAAUCUAUUCAAGGACCCUGAAUACAGUCAGAGGUUUCAGUAUCUGGGAGAUAAACAGAAGAACUGCACCAUGAGACUGAGUCAUGUGACACAGAAAGAUGAACACAAGUACUAUUUCAGAUUCAUCACUGAUAAGGACAAAUGGAUUGGUCUUCCAGGAGUGACUCUUACUGUGACAGAUCUUCAGGUGGAGUCUCCUGAGAGAGUGACAGAGGGAGAUUCAGUCCGUCUGACAUGUAAAAGCAGCUGCGCUCUGACUGACAGAGCAACAUUCAUCUGGUACAGAAACUCACAGCCAUUAACUGAGAGAAGAGACAGAAACAAUAUACUCCUGCUGCAGUCAGUCAGAAGAGAGGAUGCAGGCAGAUAUAGCUGUGAUGUACAAGAACGCAAUCACUAUCUCAGAUCACCUGCUGUUUAUCUCAAUGUCAUGUAUGCACCAAAAUAUGUUUCUUUGUACAUCAAUCCAUCCGGUGAAAUAAUGGAGGGAGGUUCAGUGACUCUGAUCUGCAGCAGUGAUUCAAACCCACCUGCAGAAAUCAGCUGGUUUAAAGGAAAAACACUCGUUAGAUCUGGAAGAAUCUACGACAUCUCAAAGAUCAGAUCUGAUCACAGUGGAGAAUACAAGUGCAAGUCCAGAAAUAAACAUGGAGAGAAAUACUCUGAAGCUGUGACUUUAAAUGUCAUGUACCCGCCCAGAAACGUUUCGAUGUCCAUUCAGUCUGGUCUGUUCUGGGAGGGAGAUUCAGUGACUCUGAUCUGCAGCAGUGACUCAAACCCACCUGCUCUGAACUUCUUCUGGUUUAAGGAGAAUCAAAGCUCAUCUGUUGGAUCUGGACAGAGUUUCAGUGCACUACAGAGUGGACGCUUCUACUGUGAGGCUCACAAUCAACACGGAUCUCAGAGAUCAGACGCUGUUUCUGUCACUGUUAAAGGACGUCCGGUGAUACUGUAUAUAUCCAUUGGAGCAGUUUGUGGAGCUGCAGUUAUCAUCAUACUGCUGAUUUUGAGAAACAGAUGGAUUAAAAACAAAAACGGUGCACAGAUGAAUUAUUCCAGACCUCGUGAUGCCGGACACAAAGCUUGCAACGCUGAAUCGACGGAUCCUGUGUAUGAGAAUGUAACGGCUCCAACUCUUCAUGGCUCUAAUAUUCAUAAACCUGAACCGGACUCUGUGUAUGAAAAUAUUCCAUAUUAAGAAGAAGAAGAAGAAGAAAGAAGAAGAAGAAGAUGUAGUGUUUUGGACUCACAGCAACAUUUUACAGCUUUUAUAAAUCACUUUUGUGUGGAGACCUGAAUGACUGAUGGAAGCGUCAUGAUAUGGCUGUAAAAGUAAUUUGCUGAUUCUAUUGGCUAAAACAGUAAUCACUUAAGGGUGUUUUUGUAAAGCCUUUUGAUUGUUAAUACUUUAAUAUGUAUCUGUAUAUUUGUCAUGUUUUGCAUUAAAGGCAGGUUUUUAGUCGUUCAGAUUUCAGAAGAUAUAUCAUAUGCUAACUUUCCAAUUAUCAUGUCCUUAGUAUAUAGUAACUUGAGUUCCAAUUCAAUGUUAGGUUUUUAUUUAUUCUCUGAUGAUGAAAACAGAUUGAAAAGAUGGCACUUCUUGAGUGAAUAACUCUCAUAUCA